CAAAGUACACUCGCGGAGGCAACUGAAAAGCUAGAAAUUGAAACGCGAAACAAGUAAUUACCAUAAAGGAGAACUUAAAAGCGGAUCGCAACAAUAACGAGAUUAUAAAGGAAAUUCCAGUCUGUUGGAUUUAAAUUAACUUUGAUUUGUUUAUUAUCAAAUCUGCGAACUGAUUAGUAAGCUAAACCAUUGUGAAAGUUCAUCUCGGUAUUUACAUACUAUUGUGAACACAACCCAACCUGUGCAAAGUUAUAUAACAUUUUCCAAUUGACAAUUAACUCAAACUUCGAAAGGAAGAGCAAUACAAUAUGACUGGCUAUAAUUCCAAAGGCGACGUGGCCACCAGCAAUGGAAAUCACAACAACAGCAGCGGACACAGCAAUGGACACAAGGUCGCCGAAUAUACCGCGCAGGAGAACCACACCAGGAGCGACAACCGUAUACAAUGCUCCCUUACGCCCGAAGAGUUUCGCGCUGUGCGCGUAAUGAAUGAAGACACGUAUCCCUAUGAGGUCAUUCAGGAGAUCGCCGACUUUAUUGUGAAGGGCUCAGGCAUAAGACCAAAGAUUGGCAUUAUUUGCGGAUCUGGGCUCGGCUCCCUUGCCGAUAUUAUUCAGGAUGCCAAGGUCUUCGAGUAUGAAAAGAUCCCAAACUUCCCUGUAUCGACAGUCGAGGGACAUGCAGGCAGACUAGUCGUCGGUACACUGGAGGGCGCUAAUGUCAUGGCCAUGCAGGGGCGCUUUCAUUUCUACGAGGGCUACCCCCUGGCCAAAUGCUCUAUGCCAGUGCGCGUGAUGAAGCUCUGUGGCGUAGAGUAUCUUUUUGCUACAAAUGCGGCGGGCGGUAUAAAUCCUAAGUAUGCGGUUGGCGACAUUAUGCUCAUGCAUGAUCAUGUCAACAUGCUGGGCUUCGCUGGCAAUUCUCCCCUGCAGGGACCCAACGAUCCACGCUUUGGGCCCCGUUUUCCCGCUCUGGUCAACUCGUAUAAUAGGGACCUUAUCAACAAGGCGAUUGAGAUUAGUAAAAUAAUGGGAAUUGAGUCAAAUAUACAUGUUGGUGUUUACUCUUGCCUUGGAGGACCAACCUACGAGACCAUAGCCGAAUUAAAGGCACUCCGCAUGAUGGGUGUUGAUGCAGUGGGCAUGUCCACGGUGCACGAGGUCAUUACAGCUCGCCACUGUGAUAUGAAAGUGUUCGCUUUCAGUUUAAUAACCAACAAGUGUUCCAUCGAGUACAGCGACAAGAAGGACGACGAGGCCAACCACGAGGAAGUCAUGGCUGUAGCCAAAAACAGGCAGAAGGCAUGCUGCGAGCUCGUUUCCCGACUUAUAGCUGAAAUCCAAAAAGGGUCGUAGACCAGCAGUCACCUGAACGAGGAAACUUCGCAGCUGCGAUCGUCUGGUUGAUUUUAAAAUUAUUUUUAACCCUAAUUCAAGUUUUAAAAUUUACAGUAUAAGCUAAAAUAUAGAUAAUAAGAUAUAA